UGCCUUUCUUCCUAGGAAAUAUUCGUCGUGUUCGCGUGCGAGCGGGUCGGAUCGUAGCCUGAACGAGGACUUGGACCGGUCACAUCCUUGCCUCUCUGCGUAUUUCCCUAACAAUCAACCUCACACUCAUAUAUCAUUCUCGCAAUGGAGGGCCAAGGAGAGAACGACGAGCUUUACCCUAUCGCCGUCCUUAUUGAUGAGUUGAAGCAUGACGAUGUACUCCUCCGCCUCAAUGCCAUCCACCGUCUGUCUACUAUCGCUUUGGCCUUAGGGCCCGAGCGGACCCGGGAAGAACUUAUCCCUUUCCUUGAUGAUUCCGUCGAGGAUGAAGAUGAGGUUUUGACUGCACUGAGUGAAGAGCUGGGUAAUUUCAUAGAGUAUGUCGGGGGUCCGGAGUACGGGCAUGUACUCCUCUCUCCGCUCGAGAACUUGGCCGCUAUUGAAGAGCCUCUGGUCAGAGAAAAGGCUGUGGAAUCCCUCAAUAAGAUCGGCGAGCAGUUGUCCGAGAAGCAGAUCGAAGAGAAUUUCAUCCCGAUGGUCCUACGCCUGUCGAAAGCCGACUGGUUCACCUCGAAGGUUUCCGCGACCGGCCUGUACUGUGUUCCGUAUAGGAAGGCUUCUCCCUCAUCACAGCAGACCCUUCGGCAAUACUAUGGAGGCCUCGUACAUGAUGACACACCGAUGGUGAGGAGACAGUCGGGCAACAACUUGGCGAAGUUUAUCAAAGAAUUGAAUACCCAAAUCGUUAUCGAAGAGAUGAUACCCCUGUUUCAGCACCUUGCAACAGACGAGCAGGACAGUGUCCGCUUGCUUACAGUGGAUGUUCUCAUCUCGAUCGCGGAAGAGAUCCCCAAGGAGCAGCAGCCCAGCCAUGGUGUUCUUUUGACCUCCUUGCGCAACCUGUUCGAGGAUAAGAGUUGGAGAGUCAGGUACAUGGUUGCUGAUAGAUAUGAGAAGAUCGCUAAAGCUGUGCACGAAGAGGUCGUAACUCGUGAUAUGGUUCCCUCUUUUGUCAAGCUUCUGAAGGACACCGAAGCCGAAGUCCGUACUGCCAUUGCUGGACAGAUCCCAGGCUUCUGCAAUCUGAUUGACCGAGACACAUUGCUCAACGAAAUCAUGACUAGCGUGGAAGACCUUGUCUCUGAUCCAUCUCAGCAUGUGCGCGCCGCGCUUGGUACUCAGAUCAGCGGUCUUGCACCGAUACUCGGAAAGGAGGAGACUAUUGCGCACCUCCUCCCGAUGUUUUUGCAGAUGCUCAAGGACGAGUUCCCCGAUGUCCGCCUUCAUAUCAUCUCCAAGCUGGAAUUGGUUAACAAAGUUAUCGGCAUCGAUCUUCUCUCACAGUCACUUCUCCCGGCUAUUGUCCAGCUGGCUGAAGACAAGCAAUGGAGAGUGCGUCUCGCGAUUAUCGAAUACAUUCCCCUGCUUGCAAGCCAAUUGGGAGUCAAGUUCUUCGACGAACAGCUCAGCGAGCUUUGCAUGGGCUGGCUCGGUGAUACUGUUUUCUCCAUUCGCGAGGCUGCUACUCAAAAUCUGAGGAAGCUGACGGAAGUGUUUGGUGUCGACUGGGCUAAGGGCUCUAUCAUCCCCAAGGUGAUGGGGAUGGGUCAACACACCAACUACCUGUACAGAAUGACAACAUGCUUUGCCAUCUCCACUCUCGCACCCGUUGUUUCUCUGGACAUCAUCGAGAACUCGAUUCUCCCCAUCUUGGAUCGACUUGUCUCGGAUGAGAUCCCUAACAUCCGUUUCAAUGUGGCCAAGUCUUAUGCCGUGCUGAUCGAUACCCUGCGUCGCCUCCCUACAGAGGGAACCCUCACAGACCUGGAGAAGGCAGGUAAAACUGCCACGCCAUCCCCGCGGGGUCAGGACCUCAUCCAGCAAAGAAUCCUCCCCAGCUUGGAGAAGCUGCAGGAGGACGAAGACGUGGAUGUUCGGUACUUCGCAACGACUGCCGCAGGCGGCCAUGAGGAAGUCAUGCAGACUUCACCGUAGGCUACUUUCCCAACUCGGCGUAGGCCAGCACCUGCUUGUUGAUGCAAAGCACCUUGGGUGUGAGUGGGAGUAAUAUCAACGGCACUCGCACUAAUUUGGGUGGAAUUCAGUUUUGUCAAACUUAGAAAUAGUCAGAGCGUCUGACUGGUACGAAAUGCUCAUGGCGUUCUAAAUGUAGAUUCUUUUGGUCCACGAUCAACCCUCCUGCAAAAAAUUUUCUCUUAUGUUUCCCGAAGAUGUAAUCGCAAAUGUGUAGCACACAAGUGCUAUUUCAGGAGAAUCGCUGAUUAGAAGCAGCAAACAACUUGGU